AUGGGCCGCGGAAAAAAGGGACACCGAGGCGGCCGCGGCGGCGGCCGUGGAGGCCGUGACCGUGACAACAAACGCGGAGGUCAUCGCCCUUACGAGACGUGGCCGACGGUGAAGAAGGAGAACAAGAGACUCGAGGAGUACUAUAACGCCCUGGUCGAUCUGCCCGAGGACGAAAGAGCCGAGUUCUGGGCCGCGCUGAGAAGAGAGUUGCCCAAUAGCUUCCGCUUCUGCGGCUCCAAAGGCCACGCCCUCGCCGUCAAGCGCCUGCUCCAGACGAGAUACAUUCCCGAGAUCACCAGAAUCACUCACGAAGGGGUCACCGUCGAAGCUCCAAAGCCUGUUCCCUGGUACCCUGAUGGGCUCGCCUGGUCCAUGACCACCCCGAAGAAUGUCAUUCGCAAGUUCCCUCCCUUCGCCGCCUUCCAGAAAUUCCUUGUCUCCGAGACCAGCGUCGGCAACAUCAGCAGGCAAGAGGUUGUGAGCAUGAUUCCGCCUCUGCUUAUGGACGUCAAGCCCGGCAUGACCGUUCUCGAUCUGUGCGCCGCUCCCGGCAGCAAGGCAGCCCAGCUGCUCGAAAUGAUCCAUCGCGGCGAGGAGGCCCGGAUUCGACAGGUUAUCCGGACCUUUUCUGGCGAUGAGGUCAAGUCCGAGGAUGCUUUGGAAGAGGAGGCUGCCCGGCUCGAGGCCGACCCAAGCGACGACGGAAGAGCCACCGGCCUGCUCAUCGCCAAUGACGCCGACUACAAGCGGAGCCACAUGUUGAUCCAUCAAUUGAAGCGCCUGUCCUCGCCCAACAUGAUCGUCACAAACCAGGAUGCUACCAUGUAUCCGCCUCUCAGGAUACCGAACCCCGAGAACCCGUCCAAGCCCAACUACCUCAAGUUCGACCGCAUUUUGGCCGACGUCCCCUGCUCGGGUGACGGCACUCUCCGUAAGAACGUCAAUUUGUGGAAGGACUGGACCCCGGGUAAUGCCUUGGGUCUGCACCUCACACAAGUCAGGAUCCUCGUGCGUGCCUUGCAGAUGCUCAAACCCGGCGGUCGCGUUGUCUACUCGACCUGCAGCAUGAACCCUGUUGAGAACGAGGCUGUUGUGGCCGCCGCCAUCGAGCGCUGCGGAGGACCCGAAAAGAUCGAGAUUAUCGACUGCAGCGACCAACUCCCUCUGCUCAAGCGGAAACCGGGUCUGAGGAAGUGGCAGAUUAUGGACAAGUCUGCUCGCCUGUGGAACUCGUGGGACGAGGUAGAGGAGUACACAAAGUCCACCGGGGAUGGCAUUGCCCCGGGCCGUCUGGUUGAAACAAUGUUCCCCCGGCCUGCCGGAAGUGACUGCGCUGAUCUUCCGCUCGAGCGGUGCAUGCGCGUGUACGCUCACCAGCAGGAUACCGGCGGUUUCUUUAUCACCGCGCUGCACAAAAACGCCGAGUUCAAGGCGAAGCCCGAGGAAAACAGGAAACAGCCCGUUCAGACCAAGGCCAACGGCAAUGUCAACGCGGGCAAGCGGCCCCUGGAGGAGGAGGCCAAGGAGGAGGCCGGCGUGAAGAAGUUGAGGCUGUCGGAGGAGCCCAUCAAGGAGGAACGCAUCAAAGAGGAGCCAAUGGAGGAGGAGGUCGCUCCGACCGAAGCUCCCGCAGAGGUCAAGACCGAAGUCGAGGUUAAAGUUAAGCUCGAGGAUGUCGAGAGCCCCGUUAACGGCGAUGCCGUUAAGGAAGACGCUCCGGCGCCAACAGACUCAACCUUUGCCACCCCUUCCGCAGCCACCCCUGCUGCCACAGCCCAAGAGCAACAGCCAGAACCCAAGAUCAAACCCAAUGGCCCGUACGAAGAACCGUUCAAAUUCCUCCCCUCGGAACACGAAGUUAUCAAGAACGUGGCCGAAUUCUACAAGAUCUCCCCGCGCUUCCCGUCGGACCGGUACAUGGUGCGCAAUGCCCUCGGUGAGCCGGCAAAGGCCAUCUACUACACGUCGGCGCUCGUCCGCGACAUCCUCGUCCUCAACGAAGGCCGUGGUGUCAAGUUUGUGCACGGCGGCGUCAAGAUGUUCGUCAAGCAGGACGCGCCGUCGGCCGAGGUCUGCCGCUGGCGCAUCCAGAGCGAGGGCAUGCCCAUCCUGCACGGCUACGUCGGCCCGGAGCGGGUCGUUGUGCUCAGGAAGAAGGAAACGCUCAGGAAGCUGCUGGUCGAGAUGUUCCCCAAGAUUGCCGGCGACGACUGGAAGAGGAUGGACGAGAUUGGCGAGCGGGUGAGGGAUUUGGCGCUGGGGUGCUGUGUGCUGAGGGUGGAGCCCGAGGGAGGGGAUGAGGAUUUUGCCGAGCACAUGGCCCUGCCGCUGUGGAAGAGCUUCCAGAGUCUGAAUCUGAUGCUGCCGAAGGAGGAUCGCACAGCGAUGCUGUUGCGUAUCUAUAAUGAUACCACACCCUUGAUUAACAUGGGCAUUCAGCGGGAUGGGAAGGAGACGAAGAAGGCAGAGGAGGGCAAAGAUGCUGAGAUGGAGGAUGCGGCUGCUGCUGCUGCUGAGGGGCAGCAGACUGAUGCCGCCGACGUCGAGGUCUUGGAUGCGCCUGCUGCCGAGGUGGAGACGGCGGUGACAGAUGAUCAGGGUGAGGUUACCGCUGCUGCGGGAGACGCCAACGCCUAG